AUGAUUUCAAUAAUAUUUACAUUCUUUUUAAUACAACUUAUAUCAGCAGUGCCUUUGCCUGCAUUAAUAACAAGAGUACAUACAGCAGAAGCAGUAACUCAAACAAUUUUACAGACUACAGGAACUACAACUGUUUGGUUACCACCGGUCGGAAUAUAUAUUAUAGAUGGACAAACUAGUACAAGUACUAUAAGUGAUACGCAAUGGAAUACAUACCCAGUUACAUUCACAAGUUAUAUUAAUAAAGGUGCUGAAUCAACUCCACAACAAGUUACUCAAGCUCAAGCUCAACCAACUAGUGAAACUCAACAACAACAACAACAACCACAACCCCAACCAACUACAUCUCAAGCAGCUGAACCAACUACAUCUCAAGCACCGCAACCAACUACUGAAACUCAACAAACUACACAACAAACUACACAACAACAAACUAUUCAAGAUUAUACUCAAGAAACUACACAAUCAUCUACCUCACAAUCCACAUUUUCAACUUCAACUUUACAAACUACUACAUCAUCUUCAACAACAUCUUCUACUUAUUCAACAUCAGAAACAACUUCAUCUUCAUCCCCAACAUCUUCAUCAUCAGGUGAUAUUUCAGCUCCUUCUUCAAUAGUUUAUUCACCAUAUGCUGAUGAUCGUAAUUGUAAACAACAAAAUGUCAUAUAUUCAGAUUUAGAAUUGAUUGCAUCAAAAGGAAUUAAACAUAUUAGAUCAUAUGGUACUGAUUGUGGAGCAUUAACAUCAGUUUUAUCAAAGUGUAAAGAAUUAGGUAUUAAAGUCAAUCAAGGUGUCUGGAUUUCUCAAGAUGGUGUCGACUCAAUUGAUAAUCAAAUUCAAGAUUUAAUAAAAUAUGGACAAUCAAACGGUUGGGAUAUUUUUGAUUUUAUUACAAUUGGUAAUGAAGCUAUAAAUUCAAAUUUUUGUUCAAUUUCAGAUUUAAAAUCCAAAAUAUCAUCUACAAAAUCAAAAUUACAACAAGCUGGUUAUAAUGGAUGGAUAACAACUAGUGAACCACCAGCUACGUUCAUAAAUCAUCCAGAAUUAUGUUCUGCAGAUAUUGAUUUUAUUGGAAUUAAUCCACAUUCAUAUUUUAAUGAAAAUAUUUCACCUGAAAAUGCUGGUAAUUAUAUAGUAAGUCAGAAGAAUCAAGUUGCUGGUAUAUGUAACAAAAAUGUUGAAAUUACAGAAACUGGUUAUCCAAGUCAAGGUGUAACAUUAGGUUUAAAUACACCAAGUCCAGCAAAUCAAAAAAUUGCCAUUGAUUCAAUAAUAAAAGAAACAGGUGGUGAUGUUACUAUUUUAACUACAUAUAAUGAUUUUUGGAAAGAUCCAGGUCCUUAUGGUAUUGAACAAUAUUUCGGUGUUAUACAACUAUUUAGUUAA